AUGUGUCAUGACGCGGUUUCCCCAGCCUCCACUAGCGCCACACGCACCUUCACCACUCGUUACGUCCACCUCAAGACGCAAACACGCCAUGCCUCCGUGAAGUACCACAGAACCGGGCCUACGAUGGACGCGCCCUCAGCACAGUUGCACCUCGAAAUCCGCGAUGCCGUCGUCAAAGCGCUUGCGACACGCCGGCCCAUACUGCACCACCUGAACGCCGACACGAGCUGGCUGCUGCAGGUGCCGCGCCCGGCGAACGCGGUCAAGCAUGGGAGUCGCAUAUACUUUAAUAUCCUAAUCGAUCCGUGGUUUGUCGGUGGACAGUCGGAUGUGGCGAAAUGGUUCUCGCAGCAGUUCCAUGCGAUAGAGAGCGCGGUGCAGAGCGUCGCGGAAGUGGAUGAACUGGCGCGGCAGGUGGAGAUACUCGCUGGCGGCAUACGCUUGGGGAAGGCAAGGAGGAGCAAUGUCGCGGCGUCGGCAGAUCUCGAGACAUUUGUUGAUGCGGUCGCUGUCAGCCAUGAGUUCACGGAUCACUGCCACAAGGACACGCUGCUCGAGGUGCAUAGGGAUGUGCCUGUGUUUGCGACGGAGCAGGCAGCGAACCUCAUAUCCGGGUGGAAUCAUUUCAGGACCGUCAUCACCACCCCCACGUUCAAGGACGACGCGGAUUGGCACGACUACUCGCUUCCGCCGCUGCCGUCAUGGCUCAGCAUAUCGCGCCUGACCGCCUCCAAAGACGCCCUUUUCUACCAUUCGGCCCUCCUCAUCACCUUCGCAACACAUCCAUUCCUGUCCAACGCGACACCAAAGAAGCGCUCUUCUCUGUCCAUCUACGGCGACGGCGCAGAAGACCUGUCGAGCACCAACUCUGAAGCCGCCGAAUGCGUCAUCUACACCCCCCACGGCAUACCACAUACCGCACUCACACCCAUCGCGACCGCCGAUCCUCCGCUCCACACACUCGCCUUCUUACACGGGCUGCAUGACGUCGCGAUAGGCUCAGCGCAACAGCUCAACCUCGGCGCAAAGAACGGCCUCCUCGCGCAACGCAUACUCAAGGCGAAAUACUGGGUCGCAACACACGAUGAGGUGAAGAAGGGCGGCGGCUUCAUAUCCUGGUGGCUACGGCGCAAAGCUUGGACACUCGAAGAAGCAUUGAAUGAAGCAAGAGCCGAAUUGAGCAAGGAUGGCGAAGACACGCACAUGAACGGACACGGAGACGUAUUUGAAGACGUCCGAUUUCAGGACAUGUCCAACGGGGAGAGUCGGAUUCUGGAAUAA